AUGUCCCAAGAUGCUUGGGAAGAUAUUGAUUGGUUGCCAGUUCCGCUAGAGGUUACCUAUGAUAGCUUACCUCGAUACAGCCGUCCUGAUUGGCAACUGAAAACUCUAUUUGGUUACGGUGACAAGGUCUUACACGUGUUUUCGUUUAAAGACACUUCAUCUCGGAAGGAACAAGAGGUGCCGGCCGGGGAAUGGCUGUUGUGCACCGGACUUACGGAGCUCAUCGCUUCAAACACCGAAAAACGUUUGGUUAUUGUGGAACGGUAUCCUGGCGAGAAGCAUCUGAAAUCGUUGGAUAGAACCAAAUUCCUCGUUCCUCAAGAUGUAAUAGUGAGCCACUUCAUUACUAUUAUCAGGAACCGGCUAGCUCUAACACCUAAUCAAGCAUUUUACCUUGUGGUGAAGAACAAGAGCCUCUCCAAUAUGUAUACAACAAUUGCUGAACUGGACCAAGAAUACAAGGAUUCUGAUGGCUUCUUGUACAUUUCCUAUGCGUCCCAAGAAAUGUUUGGUGCAAAUUGGCCAGGACACUAAUGAAGUCAUCUGGGAACCUGAAUCUGCUGUCAACUGAGUUGUGUGUAUUGCAGUGUUAUGCAAAGCAAUUCCUGAAGGUGAUGCACACUAAGUUUAUUUCCUGACUUUAAGGGAAAGAUCCUCCUUCUAAACUAGAUAAUGCAACUCUUUGCACUUGAUUCACCAAACUUUGUUUUGUUUGUUUACUGUCCAUGUACAUCUUGGGUGAAAUGGCACUUUGAAAUUGUUAAACUAUAUAGGCAACAGAUAUUUGAGCAAAAAUCCCUCUUUUUAAUGAUGGCCCAUUCUCUCAAGCUUGCCAGAGGCAACUUAGUAGAUGAGAUUUUUUCUCUCCUUCCUUCCCACCACUGCACCAAUACUGGCCAGACUGGUACAACUAUUUCCUGCUUUACUGCUUUGUUACACAUUCCUGUCCCACUUUAAUGGCUUAACAAAUCUAGCUCACGUUAAUGUAGAUUCCAUUGGGGAGUGGUGAUCUAAUCUUGAAGCAUUGUAUACAGCCAGUACUCUGCACUUCAGUCCUGAUUAUCUCCAGUAACUUUGGUGUGGAGAAAGUUAGUGGAGCCUUUCUGCCCUUGUUUCAAUGUAGAGCUUUUGUUGUAUAGUAACGUGCUACAUUUGGAUUUGACAUGAGCAACAUACACCUAUUUUAUUCUGGUAUUUUAAAAUUUUGUACUACCUUGGACAUCACAACUUCCACAGUGCCACCUAAUCCAUGUUGGAAUGAUAAAUCCUAAUUGUAUUAGUGCAUUUUAGAACAAA